ACAUUUACCUAGCCGAGGUAUACCAAUAGCCCUUACAACCUGAAACCUCUCAGCUCACGCCCGCGGAUAAACUGUGCCUCUCUUUCGUUCUAAACUGCGGGUGUUUCUAGCCCGCAGUGUCGAGUAGCGAGUCGAAGUGGCAGACCAAACCCCCCAGCAACUUCCAUCCACCCCAUCCGCCUCCGACCACCCAUCCACGCCGCAACCCCCUCGACCUCCUUCCAACACAAUCUUCUCAGCCACCGCAGCGACUAUAUCCCCCGCAAACUUAGCGAACUACGACUUGUCGUCCACCUCAGAUAUCGUGUCCGGUGCUGAGGAACGCCAAGUUACCGAAUCUUCUGUGCAGCGCCAGAUUCUAGGGAGAAGACAACGAGCUCCAGACGACGAUAACGACGUCGCCGGCUCGCAGUCGGAGCUCCCGGAAGCUCGUGCUUCCCAUAUUAUCCCCACCGAGAGUCCUAGGAGGAAACGCAGGCGUGUCAACAGUACCAUGUUAGCGGAUACAGACAGACCCGCAGCUUCUAAUGGCACUUCGAGGCCUUAUGCUAAUGGGAAGUCGCUUCGGGGGUCCUCAGUAUCAAGCUCUACAAAUGGGACUAGUAAGGUAGCCUCGGCAGUUAAUGGAUCCUCUAAAGUGCGACCGUCAGAGACAUAUUUCGGCCAUGAUCGCGAAGAAGUCACGAGAUUACUAUUACAAGCACUCACAGAUAUGGGUUACCAUUCCGCAGCGCAGAGUGUGAGCCAGGAGAGCGGCUUUGAGCUGGAAAACCCGAUGGUUGCCGCAUUUAGGAAUGCCGUGCUCGGGGGAAGCUGGAAUGAAGCAGAGCAGCUACUUUCUGGGGCAAUAGUAUCUGGCGGCCGGACUGGUGAGAAUGGCAAUGGGUUGGUGUUGGCGAAUGGCGCGGACAGACGGAUGAUGAGAUUCUGGAUACGACAGCAAAAAUUCUUGGAACUCUUAGAAAAAAGAGAAACCAGCCGCGCCCUAAUGGUACUCAGAAACGAACUCACGCCGUUAUAUCAAGACACCCAGAAACUUCAUUUCUUAUCCAGCCUACUUAUGUGUCAGAAGACGGAAGACUUGAAGUUUAAAGCCGAGUGGGAUGGUGCAUACGGAGAAUCUCGACGUGUUCUCCUAUCUCAAUUAUCAAGAUGUAUCUCCCCGUCGGUCAUGCUUCCGGAGCAUCGCCUAGCCAUACUUUUAAAUCAAGUUAAGUCGAAUCAAAUUGGAAGUUGUCUCUGGCAUUCUAGUGCUGCUUCACCGUCGCUAUACUCGGAUCACAUGUGUGAUCGAAGACGAUUCCCAGCAGAAAACGUUUUAGAAUUAGAUGAGCACGAGGAUCAGGUCUGGCAGAUCAAAUUUUCUCAUGAUGGAACAAAAUUAGCCAGUUGUGGUAAGGGCAAGCAGGUUAUUAUCUGGGAUGUUCCAUCCUUUCGACCACUUCAUUACCUCAGGGAUCACGAUGACGGGGUUGGUAAUGUCUCCUGGAGCUGGGAUGAUUCUAUGCUGGUCACAUGCAGUCAGGAUCGCCAUGCGAGGUUAUGGGAUGUUAAUACUGGUGCCUGUCUCAAAACGUUCGAACGAUUUCAAGAACCAGUCACCAGCUGCGUAUGGGCAGUAGAUAGCAAAACUUUUAUUACGGGUGCUCUUGAUAAAACUCACGGUCUCAUCCAGUGGAGCAUUUCUGGGGAUAAGGUGUACGACUGGAACUGUCCUCAUCGAGUCGAAGACUUAGCUAUCUCGCCAGAUGGCCACUGGCUUGUGGCAUCAGAUGGUGGAACUCAUAUUCACGUUUACAAUUUCACUACGCAUCGGUUAGAGUACGAGAUGGAUCUGCAGGUCAGAUUGACUUCGAUCAGCAUCAGCAAUAACUCUCGACAUCUCCUGGUGAACCACAAUAAUGGCGUUGCGGUCCUUAUUGAUCUUGUUCUCCGCGAGCCAGUUCAAAAGUACGCCGGCUUCACCGGUGGGAAUUUUAUGAUCAGGAGUGUAUUCGGGGGAGCUGACGAAAGCUUCGUAGUCAGUGGGAGCGAAGACGGCUCGAUUAACGUCUGGCAUAAGGCCAGUGCCCAGCUGAUAGAAAAGCUCCCUGGGCACAGUCCUGGAUGCAAUUCGGUCUCGUGGAACCCAGCUGACCCAUGCAUGUUUGCGUCGUGUGGAGACGACGGCAAAAUAAAGAUAUGGUCUAACAAUGAGUGGCGCCAUGCUCAUCGCGAGGUAAACCGAACCUCGAUCAGUUCUUAGCAACAGUAGCUAGGUUAUAUUCCAGCCUUUGAUUUUAUAGUACAGUGCUUGCAUGGGCCCGGCGUAAAUUGGAUGGUAGCAUGGUGCUUCUCCCCGAUCUCUGGCGACUCAACAUAACUUGGGAUGACACCUUGCAAGAGACGUCUCUUCGAUGGCGUUUUUAA